GUUCGUAUGUCGUUGACGUCAUUCUUUCAUAAUGACGUUACGUUUAACGUCGUAACCACAGAAAUACCACUGUCUGAAAGGUCUUGGCAAAAUGGAAAUAAUAAAAAUUCCGAGAUUGCACACAUGGCACGAAGAGAACGCCGUGUUCCGUUCGUUAGAGAAAUUCCUCGAGUUGUGUAAGCGUCUGUGUAGAGGGCGCCACCAGACCGGAAACGGAGCGGCACCGGUCGUCGUGUUGAAGGAAAUCUUGAACGAGAAGAAAUAUCCAGUACCGGAACUGCAAGUGCUCUACUACUCGCUCAGGGAUGCGGCCUUCUGUUACCGACCACCGGAAAGCAGGCUGGAGACGGGCAGUCAUACCGAACUAUUCCCGGCCUCCGUGAUUGGGCGAUGGGUAAAAGAGGUUACAACUCUGAAGAAACUAUGCGAUCAGUACUCGGAGUUAGUUUCGCAUUUCAUGGACGUGCAAGAGCGCUGCUGGAAAUCCCGAGACAAACUCAAGUUACACGCCAGUAUGCUCGAGGCCGCCGAAAUGUCGCUACCAAAUUACGUAGACACCGCCAAAGAAUAUGACGCCAGGAAGCUAGCUAUCAAAGGGCUGAAAAAGGACCUGAUUGAUCGCCAGGCACGGCACCACAAGAACAUCGUCAAGUACCAGAGCAUGCUGGGAGAGGAAGCCAAACUGCGCGCGCAUUUGCACGAGAUUUCGGAGCAACUCGAAACGGAGAUCGUCACGUGCCUUUGCGAUCACGUGACCAAGGCCUGGGCUAACCUGUGCCGAGCAACGCACCCGCUCUUGUUUCAAAGGGUGCUGGAUGCUUUAGAGUUAAGCAGGGGCCUUUACUGCUACACCACCACGUUUUUCCUAAUGAACCUACCGCCAGACGAUGUUUGCAGUAGCAAUUUCAACAAAAAAGUGCAGCGGGCUCGUUUUGAAAAAUCGUUGUUUGCUCAACAUACGACAGGAGACGACGAAGACUCAGGAUACGAAUCCUGCAACAUCCGAGUGUGCAUCAAUGACCGCCCAAAAACGAUUCCAGAAUAUUUUCUGAAACUGAGCCCAGGCGAUUUCGUGAAGCUAAAAAUGUUUUCAUCGGACAUGUGUGUCGCCUUUGGUUACCAGAAGAACGGCAGAUUCUCGUUCAAGAAGUGGGGCUUCAUUUACACCGACACCAUUAUGGAUGACAGCGAGGACGCCGAGAGUGAUCCAGAAAUGGACAGCACAACGACGGAGUCUACAAACAAGCUUCUUUAGUCAUUAGCUCACCGAGCAUUGGGAAUGAUUAAACUAGAAUAUAUUAUUUAAAUAUAA